AUGGCAACUGAUACGGAAACACCAAUAUCAGAACACGAAGAAAAUCUUGAUAAUUAUAAUGAUGAGGUAGAACAAGAUGAUAAUGUUCGUGCAAAUAAAAUGGAAAUACACCGAAAUAUUGAAAAAAACCGACGUCAAACUGAAAGAAAACAUUUUUGUGAAUUAUCAUCUUUAGUUACACAUUGGUCUCCUUCAAAAUCAUCAAAAUAUACUCAAUUAGUUUUAUUACAAAUAUCUACAGAUUUAUUAAAUGCAAUUAAUUUACGUGAUCAAUAUAAUUCAUUACUUCCUUCAUAUUUAACAGAAAGCGAAAUUAAAUUUUUACAUCUUGAAGCAAGUAAUGCUUUUCUAUUUGUUACAACUAUUGAUUCAACAUUAUUUCAUAUAAAACAUGUUACAAAUUCAAUUCAUCGAAUACUUUAUUUUAAACCUGAACAAUGGCUUGAACAAAAUUUUUUUUCAUUUAUACAUCCAGAUGAUUUAUUUCAAGUUCAAAGUCAAUUAAUAUCAUUAACGAAACAAAUUCAUAAGAAAAUUUCUAUUAAUUGUCGAUUAAUACAAAAUAAUAAUUCAUAUGUGUCAGUUAUUAUUGAUGGCAUAAUAAAAAAGGUUAAUAAAUUAUUAAAACCUGUAUCAAAAGACGAAUGUGGUUUUUUAGCUUUUAUCGGUAUAUGUUAUUUACCAUUAACAAGUGAAUAUAAUAAGAAAAAUAUGUGUCGUUAUAAAAAUCCUCAAUCAUUAAUAUUUUCAUGUCGAUGUACGCCAAAUGAUUGGAAAAUUUUUCUUGUAGAUUGUUCAAUAUCAACAUUUCCAUCCAUAUCAUUUGAUUUGUUUCGUAAUAAAUCUAUAUUAGAUUUUAUAUCUAUUGAUGAACAAUCUUAUGUUCAUCAAACUUUAUUAAAUUCAAUAUUAACAUCAAGUAAUGAAUUAAUAACUUGUACUUUUAUUUAUUCACCUAAUGAAAUAUUUACAAUGAUACUUGAUAUAAAACCAAUCUUAAAUCCAAGUACUAAAAAAAUCGAUUUUAUUGAAUUAACUUUUAAAAAUAUUACUGAUCUUAUUAAAAAUUCAAAUGAAAUAGAAAUUUAUUAG